AUGAGCAUGACGUCAUCGUCACCGCAUGUCAUGGACAUGGCGACGAUAGACGACGCCGCAGCUGACGACGCAUACGCAACCGUCGAUGUCUGGAGCGAUGGCUUGCUCUCAGAAUCCGACGGCAGGGAUCAGUCCAGCCUCGGCCGGACCAUCGGUCUGCCGCCCGAUACUGACGACGGCAGGGGCGAUUGCGAUACGCACUGCCUGCUGUUCGGUCGCAGCUGCUCCCGCUAUCGGCGCCGGUUCUGGUUCUUCUCCGCUCUCUCGCCGGCUUUGCCUGGGGAUGAUGACCGCAUCGCUUCAGGCAGCGGCUGCCAGUUCCCGCCGCACUGCAAUCCGUGGCACGGCGAGGAUGCGCGGGGCCGGCGCGAGAUUCCGCCGCACGGCGUCGAUAGGAAGAGGGCAAGGCGGAGGUUGGAGGAAGCCGGGGGGAAGAUGGACGAGGAGGCGGAGGAAGCGGGGGAGGAGGGGGAGGAGAGGGGAAGGGGGGGAAAUGGGGAGGAGAGUGAUGGGAGGGAGACGCGGGUCAAACGGUGGAUGCGAGGGCCUGUGGGGCUGUAUGUCAGCGUGAUGUCCCCGCACUCAUCACUUCCGAACGAUAGCCUUCCGCACCUUACACGUGCGUCGCCCCCUCUCCUUCCAUCAUCCACUGAUGUAGCGGCUUCUUCUGACAAUACACCUGGUAACUCACCUGGUAACUCACCUGCUAAUUCACCUGCUAACACACCUGACAACCCGCCUAAGAGAAACACAGAUUCACCUGACAGCACCACCACUGCGAGCAACGCAUCUUCUUCCUCUCUCCCGACUCUCCCGCUCCUCUCCGCCUCAUCCCUUUACUUCGGACUCACUCCAUCAGUCGCCACCACUGCCACCACCACCCUCUCCGCCUUCCUCUCCCCCGUCAACCCCUACGACGGCCUCCCAAUCACCUCCCCACCCCCCGCUCCCACUGCCUUACCCCCGCUGCUGGUCCCUCACUCCCUGCGCGCCUCCGUUCCGCCAUCGCCCUUCCCCUUCUGGUUACUUGCGCCCAACGCCUCCCCCUCCCUCCUCGUCGCCUCUUUGCUCCCUUUGGAGGCGUCCGUGGAGAAUCAAGGGGCGUCCGCGCAGCCAUGGGCGGUGCUCUCUGCGCUGCUGCCCUUCCGCCACCUCUCCCUCCUCCUUUCCUCCCUCUCCCUGCCGCCAGGCGGGGCGCUGCUGCUGCUAUCCCAGCGUCCAAGGCCCUCUGCUUCCAUGGCUUCUCUGCACAGCCUUCUCUCUGUGCGCUCGUCUUCCCUCUCGUUCUUGCCUGGGCGGGACGGGGCUGGGCAGGCGGUGGGGGAGCGGAGGGGCAAGAGGGGGGAGCGGUGCGCGUGUGGACGGGCGGGCGCCGAGCAGAAGAGCCAGUUCAUGGUCAAUAUGAGCCACGAGCUGCGCACGCCGAUGGCGGGCAUCAUCGGGCUGAUGGACAUCCUGCAGUGCGACGACAACCUAACGGCGGACCAGCUAGACAUUGUCGCGCAGAUCCACCGCUGCGCCAUGGCGCUGCUUGGUAUCCUCAACAACAUCCUCGACCUCAGCAAGGUGGAGGCGGGGAAGCUGGAGCUAGCGGAGGAGAGGUUCAACCCAGCGAGGGAGCUGGAGGGGCUGGUGGACCUCUUUGCCGUGCAGUGCGCCUCCUCUGGCCUCGACAUUGCCCUCGACCUCGAUGAUGACCUGUCCACAGAAGUGAUAGGCGACGCGCCACGUUUCCGGCAGAUAUUCGCCAAUCUGCUGUCAAACGCCAUCAAGUUCACCCCGCAGGGCUGGAUCACCAUCCGUGGCUACACGCAGCAGCUCGGCGCCUACCGCUCUGCCGCUGAUCUAAUCCCCACUCCGCGCGCAUACACGCAGCCUGAGGCACCGCCUGGGUUUGGGUUUGACGCGGUGGGAGGCGGUGGUGGGGUGUGGCGGAAGGGCGGGGAGAGCAAGGUGCCUUCGUGCAGGUCGAUGGGUGCUGUGAGCGAGAGGAACGGUGGAAAGGGUAUCCACCCCUCCAUGUGGACACGUGUCUUUGAAUCAUUUGUCCAGGAAGACGAGUCUACAACUCGCGCCCACGGUGGCUCGGGCAUUGGGUUGAGCAUAGUGAAGGGUUUCGUGGAGCGCAUGGGCGGCUUCAUAGCCGUUGUUCCCAAGGAUACACCCGGCACGCGCUUCGCCUUCCACCUCUGCUUCCAACAUACGAACGACGGGGGCGAUCGGGUGGAGUCUGUUGCUGCUUGGAGCGCCGCUGCUGCUGCUGGUGUUGCUGGUGUUGCUGGUAAUAGCGGAGGGGAGGAUGAACUGGGGCAGAAUUGGCAGCAGCGGGAGCAACAGGAGGGGGCUGAGCAGGAGGAGGGGUUGGACGAGGAUACAGAGGAGCGGCUGCUUGUGCUCUUAGAGAUUGAGAAGCUGCCAGGCAUGGCGCAGACGCCUCCAGACGUGGCCAAGGUGCGUGCCUUCCUCACCAAGCUCCGCUCCUACCAGCCCAGCGGGGUCGUCUUUGCCUGGGUGCUCACUCCUGCCGCCGCCCCCUCCUUACGCUCCACCCUCCGCGGAUUCUCCGUAGUGAAACCUCUCCAUCCGGGGAAGCUGCAGCGCGUGUUGGGGCUUAUGGUGCGGGGGUCGCCUUCGGAAGGGGAUGCAGAGGCAGGGAUGGGAGUUGCUGGUGGCGCAGGGGACGGGGGUGCACUUGGCAGUGGAAGCGGCGCGUGCGGAGAAGCUAGAGGCGGUGUGGGAGGAGCUGCAGCGGACACACAGCACGGCGAGCACUGCCACUAA